CUCCGCCCGAAGCGAGGCAGCUAAGGCCAGUUUGGCUUCCUAGCUCCUGUCCUCCUGAUUGAUAGGUCUGAUAGGUGUAGCCCCUCGCCGCCCGGCGCCCGAUGCUGUUGUCGUAAAUCGAGAGCUGUCAACUUCCAAGCGCGCCUCAAAUCACCAACUCUCUCCACCGCCCCCCGCCGCUUCGCAACACCCACGACUUGUCCCCUGACUCCUUUCGCCGUUCCUCUCGCGCGCCACAAGCGUCAUCGACAUACCCACCAAGAGGUUCCAGCCAUUGUUACUUUGCUCAACGAGGCCCGACCACCGUAAUCUCUCGCGCCAUCAGAGAACCGAGCAGCGGACAACACCAUGGCGGCUCCUCCUCCCAACGAUGGCUACGGCCAGUAUCCCCCCCAGCAGUACGGCGAGCAGCCCCAAUAUCCCGUUGAUCCCGCUCAACAAGCAUACGGUAGCUCGGCCUCUCCUCCGCCGGCAGCCGCCUCGCAGCACGGCGCCGAGCAUGGCAAGAAGAAGAAGAGAGCAUACGCCGCCCAGGCAUUCGAGGUUGCCACAGGAGGCAACGCCGUAGUAGGCGGCCAGCCAGCAGCAGCGCAAUACGGAAUCCCUCAGCCAGCAGCACCAGGAUUUGGUGGAUAUCCGGCACAAGAUGUCCAACAACCGGCAUACGGCGCUCCGACAACACCGUACGGCGCGCCUCAGCCUGCCGUACCCGGAGUCGGAGGCUAUCAGGCCCCUGAUGCCUACUACUCCCAGGGUGCUGCUCCGGCCGCCGUUGGCCCUGCCCCCGGAGGUGUUGCCGGCAUCACGGCCGGCAUCCAGUCUAUGGGCUUUGGAGGACAGCCGCAGCAGCCGCAGCAACUCCCUGCCCAGGCGAGGGGUCCUGCGAACCAGCUUUAUCCCACCGAUCUACUCAACCAGCCCUUUAAUGUCGCCGAACUCGAGCUGCCGCCUCCCCCCAUUAUUCUUCCCCCUAAUUCUAGCGUUACCCCUUCCCCAGAUGCCAACUGCGCGCCAAAGUAUGUGCGAUCCACGUUGAAUGCCGUACCCACCACCCACUCGUUGCUCAAGAAGAGCAAGCUGCCCUUUGCGCUCGUUAUUCAGCCAUAUGCAGCUCUUCAUGACUUGGACGAUCCGGUCCCUGUUGUGCAAGACCAAGUAAUCUCGCGCUGCCGAAGAUGUCGAUCCUACAUCAACCCAUUCGUGACCUUCCUUGAUCACGGCCACAGAUGGCGCUGCAACAUGUGCAACCUUACCAACGAUGUUCCCCAGGCCUUUGAUUGGGAUGCGGCGGCCCAGAAGAGCGUGGAUAGAUGGCAACGGCAUGAGCUAAACCAUGCGGUUGUUGAGUUCGUUGCGCCCCAGGAGUAUAUGGUUAGGCCCCCUCAACCCCUGGUCUACCUUUUCUUGUUUGAUGUCAGCUACGCGGCUGUCUCUACGGGUCUCUUGGCCACCAGCGCAAGAACAAUUCUGGACAGCCUCGACAGGAUACCGAAUGCCGAUCGCCGCACCCGCCUUGGAUUCAUCGCCGUGGACUCGAGCCUGCAUUACUUCUCAGUUCCGAGAGACACGGAGGAAAAUGGUGAGACGAGCAUGCUUGUGGUCAGCGAUCUGGAUGAGCCAUUCCUCCCUGUUCCCGGGGAGUUGCUGGUCCCCCUCACCGAGUGCCGGCAGAACAUCGAAAGCUUCCUCAAUAAGUUGCCCGAGAUGUUUGCGAACAACCAGAGCAACGGAAACUGCAUGGGUUCGGCUCUCAGGGCCGGUCACAAGCUUAUUGCCCCCCUCGGCGGCAAGAUUGUGGUGCUGAGCUCCUCUCUGCCUAACGUGGGUUAUGGAAAGCUCGAGAUGAGAGAAGACAAGAAGCUUCUCGGCACGUCCAAAGAAAGCGGGCUGCUGCAGACCGCCAAUUCGUUCUACAAGAGCUUCGCCGUCGAGUGCUCCAAGAACCAAGUGUCUAUCGACAUGUUCCUCUUCUCUUCCCAGUAUCAGGAUGUGGCCUCCUUGAGCAACCUCCCGCGGUACACUGGUGGUCAAACAUGGUUCUACCCGGGAUGGAACGCCGCUAGGGCUGAGGAUGCUGUCAAGUUUGCGUCCGAAUUCAGCGACUACCUGUCGUCUGAGAUUGGCCUUGAGGCCGUCCUCCGUGUUAGGGCUACUACUGGACUGCGGAUGAGCACUUUUUACGGUAACUUCUUUAACAGAAGCUCUGACUUGUGCGCUUUCCCGGCUUUCCCCCGUGAUCAGUGCUACGUCGUUGAGGUUGCCAUCGAUGAGAACCUUACCAAGAACUUUGUUUGCUUGCAGACAGCGGUACUACAUACCACCUGCAAUGGUGAGCGUCGCAUUCGUGUCAUGACUCUGGCUUUGCCAACCACCACCAACCUUGCCGAUGUCUACGCCUCGGCCGAUCAGUGCGCUAUCGCUACCUACUUCAGUCACAAGGCGGUUGAAAAGGCCCUCGGUAAUUCCCUGGACGCGGCAAGGGAUCUGCCUCAGCAGAAAAUCACCGAGCUUCUGCAGACCUUCAGGAAGGAGCUGGGUGGAGGAAGUAUGGGUGGCGGCCUUCAGUUCCCGUCUAACCUUCGUGGUCUACCUGCCCUUUGCCUGGGCUUGACCAAGCACGUUGGUUUGAGGAAGUCGGCGCUUAUUCCUUCGGAUAUUCGCUCUGCUGCCCUCUGCCUGCUCUCUACCCUUCCUUUGCCGCUGCUCAUGCAGUACAUCUACCCCAGGCUAUACUCGCUGCACGACAUGCCUGACAAUGCCGGUUUCCCCGACCCGGAGACGAGCCAGAUUGUCCUCCCACCACCUAUGAAUCUCUCCUCGGAGCGCUUCGUUCCAUUCGGCUUGUACCUUAUCGACGAUGGCCAAACGCAAUUCCUCUGGGUUGGUCGUGACGCUGUGCCUCAGCUUAUCCUGGAUGUAUUCGGAGUGCAGGAACGCACUCAGGUUGCUGUUGGAAAGGGAACUCUGCCUGAGCUGGACAAUGACUUCAACGAGCGUGUCCGGAACGUGAUUGCCAAGAGCAGAGACCACAAGAGCAAGGGUGUUGGCAGCAUCACGUUGCCUCAUCUGUACAUUGUCAGGGAGGAUGGUGAACCAAGCCUUAAGCUGUGGGCUCAGACUCUCUUGGUGGAAGACCGGGCGGAUCAGGGGAUGAGCUUCCAACAGUGGAUGGGCAUGCUGAGGGAGAAGGUGAGUCACUAAAAGCCUCGUUUUGCAUUGUUCUUGUUGCUGCUGCUUUUCUGUUUUACUGCCAAUGGUUGGAAAGCGGAUCUGGGGCGCUAACAGACUUGCAACAGGUUGUGCAGUGAUGGCAUUCACAUACCAUCCUAGCGGGCGAAAAUGGAUCCUCGAUAUUUAUAUGUGACGGCGGCAAGCGAAGGAUGCCGAUGGCAGUAUUCAGUCAGAACAUGUUUAUCUUGAGGUGUUUGAGCGGGUGUAAAGAAAAGAGACAGGGGUGCAUGUGGCGGACAGACGCAGAAGAAGCGGACUCGCAUGACAAACACAAUGUAAUAUUCUUAAGAAUGGUUUUUCAUACAAUCUAUCCGGGAUUACUCCCAUUGUGACCCGU